AUGGCUCUGAGGGCGUCUCCUUUUCCUUAUAAGUUUGUUUCCGGUAUCCACGCCAUAGGAUGGACAUUAAUUGUGCCAUGCUUCUGGUAUCUUGAUCGUGUUAUUGCUGUAUGCAAGUCGACUACAAAGGAGAGAAGUGAGCGACAGGAACAAGAAUGUUACCUUCACCCCCUCAAGGUCUUCUUCGGCUCUAUUUCCUUCUUCCUUUUUUUCCUCCUCUCAGCCCCCUUGGCUUUCCUGGGAUUUCUGCUCUGGGCGCCGCUUCAGGCCUGCCGCAGGCCGUUUUCCUACCACAGAGUGGGACCGACCUCAGCAGAGAAAGAGACAAACAGAGGCUUUGAGCAAACGGGAAAGGCAUCGUUUACCUUUGCCUCAGCCAAUCUGUGUCUCCUACCGGACGGACUGGCUCGCUUCAACAACCUGGGCCACACCCAGCACAGGGCGCAUGAGAUUGGCCAACGUAUCGCAGAGAGUGUCGGGCGACCCCAUGUGAUAAUCACAGUGGAAUCUCCCAGCAGCUGUGGCCCUUCUGACAGCAUCAUCCCCAGACCAUGCUCAGAUACAGAUGGAGGCAUGGAGGGACAGUCUCAACCUCCAGGAGGUCAUUAUUCAGAACCAACCGAAAGCUCUGUAUCCUCUGAUGAUGCAGAGGAACCGCUGACUGAGCCAUCCUCUUCCAAACCGAAUUAUAAUGAGAACUCCAACAAACAGGGGCAGUCAGAUCAUGGGAGUCCAAGUGUUUUUCUCCCAAAGCGUCCUCGUCUGCUGGAUGAGGAACCCUGGGAAGUGUCGUCCUUCUUUCCAGCCAAUAUCGAUAUACUGUGUCUGCAAGAGGUUUUUGAUAAGAGAGCUGCCAAAAAGCUCACCAAUAAACUUAAACCAUUGUUUGGACACAUACUGUAUGACGUCGGCGUGUACGCCUGCCAACCGCCCUGCAGGUGUUCUGCUUUUAAGUUCUUCAACAGUGGUCUGUUCAUGGCCAGUAGAUUCCCGGUGCUGGAGGCCCAGUACCACUGCUUUCCUAACAGCUGUGGGGAAGACGCCCUGGCUGCCAAGGGUCUGCUCUCUACUAAGGUGCUAAUCGGGCAGAACCAGAAAAAGAAGAAAGCGGUCGGCUAUUUCAACUGCACACAUCUACAUGCACCAGAGGGUGAUGGAAAGAUUCGCUGUGAGCAGCUGGACAUGGUCACCAGGUGGAUCAGGGAUUUUCAGACUGCCCACAAACAGCCUGACGAGGAGGUGGUUUUUGACGUGCUCUGCGGGGAUUUCAACUUUGAUAACUGCUCACCCGAUGAUGUUUUAGAACAGAACCACAGUUUGUUUGAGGAUUACAGAGACCCUUGCAGAGCAGAAGCUGGAAAAGAGAAACCCUGGGUCAUUGGUACUCUGCUGGAGCAGCCUUCUUUGUAUGAGGAUGAUGUAAACUCACCAGAAAAGCUACGAAGGACUUUGGAAGCAGAGGAGCUGAGGAAGCAGUACAUCUCUCCUCCUGUUGCUAGAGAGGGCGUUCCUCUGAUUUACCCAGAACCCGGCCAGCCGUGGAUUGGACGUCGGAUCGAUUACAUUCUCUACCGGGAAAUCUCCAUUUCAAAGCUGUGCAGAACAGAACUUGAAGAGGUGACCUUUAUAACUCAGCUGGCUGGGCUGACUGAUCAUAUUCCUGUUGGCUUGAGACUGAAAGUAAUUAUGGACUCUGACUAUUAUGAUGAAUGAGAGCAUAAUUUAAACAACAUGAGACAAAUGUACACAGAGUCACACAGUUUUACUUAAACUGUUUUGUUGAAAUACUUGAAUUGGUAGUUUUAGAGAAAGUUUCACUCACUGGUAAGUUUUUGCCUUGGGUGGAACUUAUUUUUUAUUAGUUUGAUGUGGUUUCACACUUUAUACACAUUUUAUACACAUUUUAUACACAUUUUAUACAUUAGAAGCUGCUCACAGAUAUUGCAUUGAUAUUUUCUUUCUUAAAGCUAUAUUUUUAUCCACCAAAAAGAAAAUCCUUGAGAAAUAUUUUAGAAGAACAAAUCUUUCUGUUUGGCCUUUGAUGUGGCACCUAGUAUGAUAUGAAAUAUCUCACUUUUCUACUCAGUUACCACAGGUACGUGCAUAAACUUUACUUGCUUGAUCAUAAAUUUUUUAUAUCUCUUAAGCAAAUAGUUGCUUGUCAGGUUUUUUUAUUUUUGGGUUGAUUAAAUCAGUAAGUCAUGAAUAGAUUAGUGUGAUUACUAAUAAGUUGAUUUGUUCAAUAACUUGUGCCAGAUUAGUUUGGAGAGCUUUUUUCAUUUAAUAAAAGCGAUCUUUAUUUAAAAAAUGGCAUUUUGUGUUUUUUUGUUUCUUGUUCUUUUUCUGAUAUUAAUUAAUGAUUAACAUUUUUGAUGCUCUGAUACAUUUAUGUAUGAUUUAAAAAUAUAUUAAACCAAAUCAUAUCUAUAA